AGGCCAAUGGGCGGCGGCGCUGGCGGCCCCGCCCGGCGGGGUCCCGGCGGCCGGCGCGGGCCCGGCCCAGCGGCAGCCCGCGGCCAGGCGCCAAGGGAGCGGCCGCGCUCGGACCUCGCCGCCCGCCCCCGCUCGCGAUGGCGGCUACCUGCGGGCCGCGCGCGCGCUCUGCAGAGCCCCGGCCCGGCCUGGGCGCCCGCGGCCCGACGGCCCCCGCCGCGCAAGAGCAGCCGCGGCGCCACUAUGCUGACAGGAGGAUCAAAGUGUCAAAGCCGGUGGUGGAGAUGGACGGUGAUGAGAUGACCCGGAUCAUCUGGCAGUUCAUCAAGGAGAAGCUCAUCCUACCCCAUGUGGACGUCCAGCUCAAGUAUUUUGACCUUGGGCUCCCAAACCGUGACCAGACCAACGACCAGGUCACCAUCGACUCUGCGUUGGCUACCCAGAAGUACCACGUGGCUGUCAAGUGUGCCACCAUCACCCCCGAUGAGGCCCGCGUGGAAGAGUUCAAACUGAAGAAGAUGUGGAAAAGUCCCAAUGGAACCAUCCGGAACAUCCUUGGGGGGACCGUCUUCCGGGAGCCCAUCAUCUGCAAAAACAUCCCGCGCCUCGUGCCUGGCUGGACCAAGCCCAUCACCAUUGGCAGGCACGCCCACGGCGACCAGUACAAGGCCACAGACUUCGUGGCGGAUCGCGCCGGCACGUUCAAGAUGGUCUUCACGCCGAAGGACGGCAGCGGCGCCAAGGAGUGGGAGGUGUACAACUUCCCCUCGGGCGGCGUGGGCAUGGGCAUGUACAACACGGACGAGUCCAUCUCGGGCUUCGCGCACAGCUGCUUCCAGUACGCCAUCCAGAAGAAGUUGCCGCUGUACAUGAGCACCAAGAACACCAUUCUGAAAGCCUACGACGGGCGCUUCAAGGACAUCUUCCAGGAGAUCUUUGACAAGCACUAUAAGACGGACUUCGACAAGAACAAGAUCUGGUACGAGCACCGGCUCAUCGACGACAUGGUAGCUCAGGUCCUCAAGUCCUCGGGCGGCUUCGUGUGGGCUUGCAAGAACUACGACGGAGACGUGCAGUCAGACAUCCUGGCCCAGGGCUUCGGCUCCCUGGGCCUGAUGACGUCCGUGCUGGUCUGCCCGGACGGGAAGACCAUUGAGGCCGAGGCGGCUCACGGGACGGUCACCCGCCACUAUCGGGAGCACCAGAAGGGCCGGCCAACCAGCACCAACCCCAUCGCCAGCAUCUUCGCCUGGACGCGUGGCCUGGAGCACCGGGGCAAGCUGGACGGGAGCCAGGACCUCAUCGGGUUUGCCCAGACCCUGGAGAAGGUGUGCGUGCAGACGGUGGAGAGUGGAGCCAUGACCAAGGACCUGGCGGGCUGCAUCCACGGCCUCAGCAACGUGAAGCUGAACGAGCACUUCCUGAACACCACCGACUUCCUGGACACCAUCAAGAGCAACCUGGACAGGGCGCUGGGCAAGCAGUAGGGGGCGCCGCCCGCCGCCGCGGUGGCCGGGCCGCCGGUCCUCCCACCCACGGCAGAGGGUGAGCCUCACCCCUUCUCUGGAGGCCUUUCUAGGGGACGGUUUUUAUAAGCGAGAUGUUUUUAAGAGUACGUGUGUGUUUCCCCUCACGGCGGUGGCGUGGGGCAGGAACCGCGUGUUUUACCUCAGCCGGCCAGUAUGUUCCGCAUACUGUGAUUCAUGUCGCCCUGGAGCACAUGGUGCCGCCUUUAGCUACUAAAAAGCUCUUUGCAAAACU